AUUUCUCCAGAAUUCUCGUCUUUGGCUUCUUUCUAACCACUUAGUCUGACCUCGUCUUUCGCGAAGGACACGGACACGUGAUUGAGUGCCUGAUGCCCCAUGUGAUCUUCUCUUCAGAAGCUUCGGCUCUUUUCGCCGGUAUCUGGCCUCGUGGUCUAGAGUCUUUUGAGUUUCUUGCGCUAUUCUUCCAUCUCCCGCCACAUUCUUUCGAAGGUCGCAGAGGACAGUGCCUCCUCUUUUUCUCCAAGCUCGUUCGGAUACAUAAUUUACGCGCGACUUGCUGCUACCUUCCUCCAGAUUUGGUAAAUUUCUUGAAGGGAUACACGUAGAGGAUGGCGACUGCUGUCGUCGACCCCGUAUUACAACCGAUAACGCUCGCUAAUGCUCCUGUGAAGGAGAAAGCGGAAGACGUUAGUGGAGCUGCGCAGAGAGAUACCGAGGUCGACCCUAAGAUUGCGGCGGACAAACCCAGGGACGCGUCAACGCUACCAAUAGUACACCCAGAGAACAAAGAGAACGCGGGCACGCAGGAAGAACAGAUGUCUCUCUCGGUGUCGGACGAUAGUACGGUUCCCAAAGUCACGCCCACAAUUGAUGACACCAUCGAGAUACCCACGGAACCAGGUAUGGAUGAGAAGGCAUCUUCUAUACCCGUUACAGUCGCACUGACGAGCGAUAUGGCAUCGUCGAUACUAGUCGAACGUUUGGAGGACACGCAAAUCAAGAACGAUAACGACCUCGCAGGUGCCAUCGAUUCACCCAUUGAGAUAUCGCCCCUCCCAGCACCAGUUACUCCACAAGACACCAAGGUGGACGGCAUUCCUACCCCAACUUUCGAACACCAAGUGAAAUUCGUCGCUCCAGAGCAACCAGAUUUUUCCUCGAAACCUUCCGAUGUCAAAACUGACGUAGUGGCUAUUGAUGAGGUUGCGCCGGAUGCAUUGGAAGGCAUAUCGUCUGCUGAUAAGGCCACGAUGCCCGACAAGGUAUCGGUGGCAGGUGAAGGUGUACCACUUGUUGCAGACACGACUGUUGUUGAACGGUCGCAGACUACGAAGGACGAAGCGAUCCUCGGGGAAGAAGCUAUUGGUGAAAAGGAGCAUCCCGAGGUAACGUCACCAAUGGCUCAAAAUGAAACGGAGCUCAAGAAUAUUCCAAUCCCUGAUUCUGUGCAGUCAGCCCAAGAGCACCCUACAGUCACGGCAACAUCGGACGUGAAAAAGGAUGCAGUGACUGAGGACGCCAUUGUCAUCGAGAAAGCUACGCUCAUUGAAGAGAAAGAAAAAGCGGCGGCGGCGGAAGGAGCACUUGCCGUUGAAGCGGCUUCCGCAACCAUAACUUCUGAGGUCCCUGAAGCACCGUUAGUAUCAGUCCCGGAACCACAGAUAGCAGAGGAGGCAUCAAGUGACGAACAACUAGUCGGUGCAGGUGUGGUUGGACAACCUACGGUCGUCGCAGAUAAAAUCCUGGAAGCGGAGGGGACCACAGUUGAAACCGCGAAGACUAACGAAGGUGGAAGAAAGGAAGACUUGCAACUCGCGACGACGACACCUGCGAAGACAGAUUCGAUCGAGGACGAGACUCCGACUGUGUCCGUGGUUUACACUACAACAGUGGAGGAGGGGGAAGCUCCAGUGAUUGAAGCUGGGAAGGACAAGCUCGAGAAAACCUCCGAUGCGGAGGUUGUUCCCGUUGUUGAGGUCAGAGAGCUGGACAAGGGAGAGGUGCUACCUUCAGUCGCAAUUUAUGGUGAGCCUGCUCCUCCAACCGAGGAGGCCUCGAUCGUGGAGGUUGUAACUGGUAAGGAAGUUGGACCAGCGGAGGCGGCUGUUGAAGGAAACCAGCGCUCCAGUCCUGUUGUGCAGACACCGGUAAUCGAUGAACCUCUGGCGGUUGUUGGGGACGUUUCGGUCGCGAAAGUAUUGACGGGUGCUGAUGAGGUCGAAGAGGAAAGCAGUAGCUCGGCACCAGUGACAGAACCUACGUCGACUGCUGAGGACGAUCUGACAUUCGCUACGGAUGAACCUGUCGAGGUUGUAGAACCACUAGAGGAAGCAUCCGCUGCUCAUGCUCCAUUCAUUCCACAGCUGUCUUCAGCUAACUUAUCCCUUGAUGACAUACACGAACCUGUAAAGGCGGUGGUAGCUGAGGGAACGUCUGCAAACGAAGCUGCUGUCAUACCGACUGGUGAUGCUUUGGUGGUAGAAGAAGUUGCUGGAGAGCAGGUCGUAGCUGGAACCCACAACGUGGAGAGUAUUGUGGAAACGACGCCCAUCCUGGUGGAUGAUACUCCGGCGAACCACGUGCCUGUUGUUUUGCCGGUCCCGACAGAAGCAUCGGUGGGGGGAACAGAAUUACAUGUCGAGAAACAGCUUCUGGUAGAGGACACUCUUAUCGUCGAAGAGAUAUCAACUACCGAGGAGCUUUCCGCUGUGGAACAAGGGGUAGAGGUCUUCAACGUUUCCAAGAAUCCUCCUGCCGUCGAAGAAGUAAUGGAGGAAGUCUCCAUUAUCAAACCAUCGUCUGCCGUGGAGGAAGCUACCGUUGUCGACGAAACUUCUGGCGUCCAAGAGGAUGGCACAGCUAUUACAGAAUCGGUUUUGAACGAAGGUAUUGCCCAGAAGCUCGAGGAACGCAUUGUCAAGGAAUCUCGGGAUCCAGUUGUCGAAGAGGUUGCUACAGCUGUGGUCGAACCUGCAGGUAUCACAGAAAAAGCUGUUGCUGUGGUUACUUCUCCCGUCGAACCUAUUUCACUCGACAGUAUACCCCCUGCCGACGCCGCACCCUUUGUUGACAAGACCUUGGCCGUCCCCACAGCCGCCGAUGACUUCCCCACGGAACAAGAAGGAAAACUUAGCGGAAAUCCAGUAGAGCCGGUAGUAUUUGAGAAAGCGGAUGUCAUCGAGAUAGAGUCUACUCUCAAGGCUGAACCGGACGUCGAUCAAAGUUCUAUCGAGGCGCCUGUCGAUGUAGAAACUGAGAAGGGGCAUGCUAAGGAUGCAUCCAUCGAGGAUAUCGCGGUCACGGAGCUGGCUGCCGAGGUGAAAUCAGUUGCAGAGGAGCUCGUCGUGGCCCCCCGAGAUCCCGAGCCCGUUGGAGACGGUGUUUCUCGUGAGGAACGAAUCGAACCUUCAGUCAUCGCAUCUAUCGUCGAGGGAAGAACCAAAGAAGAUAGAGUCCAUGCAGCCCCUAGCAGUGAGGCUGAGACAACAGUUGUCGAGGCAUCUGGUAUCGAGAGGAACGCAGUUGAGGAGGAAGAGCCCAAAUAUUAUGCGCCAUCUAGUCAAGAGAUGUCUUCAACGGAGAAGGUUGUGUCCUCGGUAGUUGAGGAAAGGGCAGAAGAGGGGCAGACCCCAGCUCCUGUCGAUCCAUCCGUGAUCGAGGACAAUAACACAACUGAUGAAUCUCCGUCUGUCGACUCCUCCAUCCAAGUCAACGAUCCGACGCCCGUCUCAACCGUUCAGGCUCCUGUGGUUAUCGACGAAGUCGAUCUUCAUAACACUGAUAUAGCCUUGGCAUCAGCCCCUUCCCUUGAUGAGAUAGCAGUGAACCCUGCUUCAAAUCUUCCUUCGACUAAAGGAGAGCUCAGCGUCCAUGCUACUGAAACUGUCAGUGAUCAGGACCAACCACUAGUUUCCGCCGAGAGCAAUGCCGGAACACUGCUCACACCUGCCGGAGCUGAAAUUGAGCGUCCUAAGUCGCCAUGGACGCCAUUUUACAGUGUCACUACUCAAGGACCAGGUAUACCUGCUGAGGAAGACAUUCCAGCGAUAGAAGAGAUGCCCCUACCUCUUUCUCAAGUCCCCGUAGUGGCUCUUACUCCGGUCGAUUCUUCGGCUCCUCUUGAAGAAACACAAGGCUCAUCAGAAAUUCUAGAAGAUCGUCCAAAAUCGCCUUGGACGCCUUCCUACUCGGUAUCUGUUCAGGGAAGUCCACUUCAUGAUACAGUAACUCUGGACGAAACGGAGCCAGUUAUCGACACUGUCGUUAGCGCCCAUCGGGAUAUCCCCGCAGCUGAAGAUCCUGCUAGUUCGCAGACUGGUGUCUCUGUCUCCGUCGAGACCGCCACUGAACCUGUCAAGGAUGGAAGCCAGGAGGAGGAGUCCAUCGGUCGACCACAAUCAGCUCUAGUUACUGAGGAGCAACCUGAAGUGGCUGACAGGGUGACAUCAACACCCGCACCUGAGCCCGUUAUUGAGAAACCUAUUGGUGUUGUCAAGUUGCCUGUUGAGGAGGAGCGUACCUCGUCCAAAGAACUGGCGACUCCCGAUAUUGGCAUAGAACGUCCAGCCUCACCACAAAUGCCAUCUUACUCUGCUACGCAGGAAGAGCAGGUUCCUACGGCACCAGAGGUUGAGAGAAUAUCAGGUACAUUGUUGGUUCCCGAGGAUGUGGUUGACAAGGAUUCAUCUCAAGCUAAAGAACCUUAUGCGCCCGAUGCACCAGUGCAUGAGGUCACUGACGAACCCGAAGUCACAAUUAUUUCGGAACCCGUUGUCAUCACUGAGAACGCCGCCGCCGAAUCACCCACUGAAGCUGUCGAGGUUGGGGGUCAUGAUUCUCAUGCUGUAGAAAAGCCUGUUCAGCCGGUCGCUAGUCCGAUUAUCGAGCCACAAUCCGAGAAAACUGAGGGCAUGGCUUCGACACCUAAGCCAGACGAUGGUCUCGAGAAGUAUGAUGAUGUUGAAGUCUACGUGAAGUCGCAUUCCGAGGAGACCCUUAUUUCUUCAGAAGAGCUACCUGCUCCUUCCACUAAGACUGAACAUUCCGACGCUGUGACGCUAUCCUCCUCUCUUCAAGAAUCGGAUCUGCUAUCUACACCAUUAGCUCACGGGGAUGUCGUUGUCGAGAAGACACCCGAGGUCGAGGGGCCCUCUGCCUCAAAAGUGUCAGUUCCCGAGGUUCAACCUACAAAGAUCGAUAUCGUGCCUCAGAAAUGUGUCGAUGCUGAGGCCGAGGCUGCUACAGAAUUAUUGCCCAUUGUUGCUGAGCCUUCCAAGGGUGGCGAGGACUCUUCUUCUGUGAAGACAGCAAGCCUUCAACAGGAAAGCGCUUUAGAAGUGAUCCCAACGCCCGAUGCCGAUGUGAAGCAGCACGUGCAGGUUAGCACGUCGGAGGAGCUGUUGGCUCCUGCGACUGAAAUUGAGCGUCCUUCCUCUCCAUGGACGCCAUCCUAUUCUGUCACUCAGCAAGGGCGCAUUACGCCAACCUCGGAAGCGGAAAGUAUACUACCGACACCUGAAGCCCAGGCACCUGUUGCUGAUGAGCUCAACACCCCCGCUGAGCCAACACCCGAGGACCCAUCUGUGAAUGUUGAGCUGAGUAAUGAGACGCCUCAAGAACUUGUGACUGUAUCUGAUGUUUCCAGCGGAGAAGCUGCAGAGAAGAACAAUGAAGAUGUGCAGCCGUCAACUGCCACUGAUGUUGAAUUUUUACAUGAAUCAGACACGACUUUGUUGAGUCCAAACGUUGAAACUGAACGUCCUUCGUCACCAUGGACUCCUUCAUAUUCUGUUACACAACAGGGCCGUGCUUCUCCCGUCCCUGAAUCCGAACUCGACGUCGAGUCUGCAGAGAAAGAAGUGCCAGUCAAGGACGGACUGGAUGAGAGCGCCGCGUCUUUCCCUCCAAAACUUCAGCAUCAAGUCGAACCCGCGGAACCCGUUGCUGUUGCACACGCGCCAGAACCCGCACCGAAGGAAGAACCGAUUGACGACGAAUCCAAGUCGUUGGUCGGAGACGAAAUCGCGUCAUCUGUGCUUGAACACGAGUGUGAAGCCGCUGCCACACAGCAGGAGCAAGCUGUUGCGUCGUUGUCUGUACCGGCAGUGGAGGAAACGCAGGUUGGGGCCAGACUCGAAUUACAUGUUUCAUCUGUCCCAGAGCCCGAUGUUGAACCUGUCGUAAAGGAGGAGCCUGCUGAAGAUGUUCUUGACGUCCAUGCUGCUCCACCCAUACCUGAAGCUGGAACAGACUUGGAACCCGCUGUGAAGGAUGACAUGGUUGGCGUUGAAAAACACGAAGAAAUCACUUUGUCGUCAUUCGAAGAUGUACGUGACUUGGAGUCCGCAGUGAACGACAAGCAGGCCGUGGAAGGACAGGAGGAGGCAGUUUCUGCUGCGCCGGAGAGUGAACGUGACGUCGGGUCUUCGGUGAAGCAUGAGACUGUCGUUGUGUCUGAACCAGUCAAGGAGGAAGAGGGCAGCGGAGGCGAACACACCGUCUCCAACACGCAAAUACUUGCAGACGAAAGCAAGCCUAUAGUGAAAGAUGAGUCAGGUAAAGCUGGAGAUGACGAGGAAGCUGCAUCACUCAUACCAGCAUCCAUCGAAAGAGAAAUACAGCCCGAAACCGGACACGAACAACAAGCCUCCUCGCCUGAAGUGGAGUCUCUGGCGAACGACGAGCUCGUUCAGGAAAAGGAAGUCACUAUAUCUGCUCCUGAGCCUGUGCGUGACAGCAAGCCUACGUUGGAGGAUGCACCAGUCAAGAACGAAGCUGAGUUGCACGUCGAGAAGGCUGCUUCACCUGCACCGGAACCAGAACUACAGAACGUAGCUCCAGAAGUUGUGCAAGAAACUGAACCUGCAGUCAAGGACGACACUGCCGAGGAUGGUCAGGUGAAUCAAGUCGUUUCACCUACACCUAAAUCUGUCAAGGAAGAACACGAAGAGCGAGGAGUGCCACCCACGGAGGAAUUGUUGGCUAAGGACGAGCCCGCUGGUGAUGAGAAUGGUCAACAAGCUGCUGUUCUCGUGCCCGAACCCGAGAAGUACAUCGAGUCGGUAGUCGAGGAGAAGGUUCAGGACGAGAUGAUCAAGGAAAGAGAGGAUGAGAAAGGCAUACUAGCUUCUCCUGAACCUCUGGCGGAAAUCAAACAGCGCGAGGAACAAAUUGUAGCACCCACGCCGGAAGUUGGACGUGAAAUCGAGUCUACGGCGGUAGAAGAACCAGUCGCUGCACUCGAGCCUGAGCAGCACGUUGAGCCCGUCGCCGAAGCUAAGAUCGAGCAAGUCACCAUACCCGCACCCAACCUGCAUCCUGAGGUCGAGGCCGUGGAGAAGAAGGUCGAGGAGCCAGCUGCAGAUGUUCUAGAUGAACAAGCUACUCUACAUGUACCUGAACCCGAAUCAACUGUGAUCGAGGACGAGCCCCCCGUGCCAAUCGAGGUCACGCUUGUGGCCGCCGAUAAGCCAGCAUCGUUACCAGACACCGACACCGAAUCAAAAGCUAACGACGAGCAGGUUGAAGUAUCUGUGACGAAGGAAGAACCUGGGUCUCAGAAGGAUGCGGCUCUGCCGACACCGAAAGCAGAAGCGAAAGCCGAGGAAGUACAGAUUGUGCAAGAAAUCGAGUCAUUAGCAGAGGAGGUGGAGGAUGGACACGAAGUGGUUGAAGAACACGAUGAACAGGGAGUCUCUACUGUGCAAGGACCAGCGGAGGAUGAGCCCACGCCUGAUGAACAAGCAGCUGCCCCCGUGCCUGCCACUGAGCAGGGUGCUGAGUUGGUGGUUGAGGCUGAGGACGAGUCUGUAGUGCCUGAACCCGUGUCUGAACCAAAGGAGACAGGCGAGGACGAACGAAAUGACAAAACCGCCCCACUUUUGUCCCAAGAUGACAGAGAAGAAGGACAUGUUGAGCAGCCUGCUCCAACCAUGGAAGAAUCACUCGAGGUCGAACAAGCCGUUACCCAGCCCGCCAUAAAAGAGGAGAAGGUUGCCGUUGAACCUGUACCGGAGUCGCAGCAGCAAAUUAAGACUCUAGAGAAGGAGGUGGAAGCGCCAGCUGGAGAUGUACAAGAACAAUCAGCCGUGUCCGAGCCUGCUGCGGUCAAGGACGAUCCAGCCCCGCCAGAACUCGUGACAGAGAUCAGGUCACUAGUUAUCGAUGAACCCAAGGCUGAGGACGUUGAAUCGGCGGUGAAGGGACAAGCUAUUCUGUCUGCGCCUGAGCCCACCGUGAUCGAGGAUGAGCCCGUCAUUUCACCCGUCAUGGCUGAGAGCGAGCCGCCAGUUGUCGAUGAGCCGACCAUUGAACUAGAUGUCGAGCCCAAGGCUGAGAACGCACAAGCGGAAAUUGAGUCGGAGGCAAAGGAUGAAGAACAACCAGCCGUUCCGCUCGUUGCCGCAGUCAAGGAUGUGCCCGUAAUUUCAGCACCAGAACUCGUGACGGGGAACGAGCCAGAUGUCGAGCCCGAGGUUGACGAUGUACCAGUGGUAAUCAAGUCAACGAUAAAGGAUGAACAGGUUGAGGACAAGUCGGAGGAACCAAGCGCACAAGCCGGAACACCUGUGCCUGCUAUCAAGGACGAGCCUGAGCCACAGGUUGAAAUCGAGUUGACUAAAGAAGAGGAUCGAUCCGUGGCUAGCGAAGAACAAGUGCCUUCUACCUCUGUUGAACAAGCCAAAGUCGAGCCCGCUGAGGAAGCACCCGAACCUGCAAGCAAGGGCGAAGAUGUUGCUACUGAUUCCGUUGAAGAAAAUACCACCGAUUCUCGUGAGUUGAGCGUCGACACAUCAUCAAUCGCAGAUUCUACCAAGUCCCCAUGGACUCCUUCACAUUCUAUGACGACUCAAGACGUAGGAUCGCCCGAUGUGGAAAUGAAGAAAGAUCUCCCGGGACAAGCCUUCCCUGUCACCGAAGAAGACUCGAAAUCGGUCGGAUCGCUAGACACGGUAAACGAAAGCGCAGAUGUAGUGCCUGACACGCUCGAUGUUCCAUUUACGCGCAAGAGGUUGGAAUCGAGUGCUUCUGCGCGGCUCCUGCGGGGAGCGCUACACAAGGUACCGGAAGGCCGGGCCUCGUUGGAUAUGGCUCAGGGAGAGUUUACGAAGCCGAGUUCACCUGUCAGUGAGACGAGUGCGGUGGGGAUUGUGGAAAGCCUGACUACUGCUACCAUCACCACCGCCACCGCGGCUGCAGAACAAGAAAGUUCUACUUCUGAUGAAUCUGAUGGAAGCUCAGAUGAUUCUUCGGAAGUUGAGCAUAAGGGGAGGUGGUGUGUUGUUAUGUGAAUAGCUAUACCUGUUACGACCAUUUUACGAUUCGUCAUGCCUUUCUUUCCAUCCCGGGUCAUUCAAGUUUCACUCUCUACUCUUUAGAUCACUAAUCCUCUUACCUAUGCUUUCAUUCUAUGGAUAGUAAUCCGUGUUCAAUCAAUUCUGUGGAGCUCUCGCGCAUAUAUAGACGCUCACAAAUAAGUU